CUGGUUGGGUGGGGCUGCCUUUGUGCUGAAACUUCAGCACGUCCAUCAGAGGAUUCCCAAGGGGGAGAUGCUUGGUUGUGGCAGGUUGGAGGAUUCCCAGUUUGGAGGAGAUUGGGGUUAGGAGCUAAGGUAAGAUUGCUGGGAGUUGGGUGGGAGUCCCCAGUGGGUGAUGGCUGGGUCCUCUAUGCCCACUGCCCUGAGAUGGGAAUAGGUAGUACCUAAUACUUAAGCUUACUCUAUGCCAGGUGCCAGGUGUUCUAAAUGCUUUACUUCCAGUAAUGGUUUUACUUCUCCACAAUAACCUAAGACAGGUACUAUUAUUAUCCCAUUUUACAGAUGGGAAAAGAGAGGGCAAGAAGAUGGCAGAGAUGGGAUAUAAAUCCACGCAGUCCGGCUCCAGAGUCCUCGCUGUAGCCAUCUUGAGGCCUUGUGGCCUCUCUGAUAACGGGCCAGGAGCUGGUCUGGGGGCUGGAGAGUAGAUUCCUGGCUUCCAAAGGGGACUGGGGAUCCUAUGCCCCCACAUCCACUGCUUCCUUCUUCUGACCCGGUUUCCUGGCAAGUGCGGCAGAGGCGCUGUGGCAGGAAGUCCUGUGGUCAUGGCCCCCCAGAAGGCAGGCUCCGCCAGGAUGGGGCCCCUAUGCCUCCUCCUGACUGCCGUGCUGCUCCUGGCCCAGGCGGCGCCGAGGAAGGCCUCUCAGCACUGCAGCCGCCUCGAGUACUGGAACCCUGACGACCUGUGCAGUGGCAGCUGCCUGCAGCGAUUCGGGCCGACCCCUGCUCGGACUGAAUUUUCGGAAAACUGCCGGCCGGAUGAUGCGGGCAAUCACGUAACGCACCCCUUCAAAGAGUGUCCUCCUGGGCAGUGCAACCCCAACACCGAAGAGCUAGGUAGCCCUUGUGGCGGCGGAGCAACGGCCCCCACUUCCUUGGGGAGCCGCGGCGGGACCCGGAGGCGCGGCAGACAGAAGCCGGUCCCUAACAAGGAGCCCUGCCCCCUGACACGUGGAAAACUGAGCGUCCUUAGUUCCCAGGAGCCCAGCUCACCGGCGAUCCCCAGUCUCCCGUGGACAUCUGAGCACAAAGUCCCUCAGCAGGCCUGGCCGAGUUGGAGUUUUGACCUGUCCCUGGUGCUGGUUCUGCUCGUGACCUCAGCAGUAAUCCUCCUGCUCGCCCUGCAAAGGCACCGCCGUCGCCACCACCAGGGGAAAGCCGUCCAACACCCCUAUCCUGGCUUGGUUUGCAACGACCUGAACACCCACAUCCUAUUCUCCCUGCACUCGUCCCCUCCAGGCUCCCUGGAGGCUUCAGAGGCAGGGUACUCAGGGAAGGAGGUCCCUCUGCCUCCACUCCUAGGCAGGGAGCCGCCAAGUCUGGAAUCACAGCCGCUGUCUCACCUCCAGGAUGAGCUGGAAGUGCUGGAGGAGCUGGAGCUGAUCGUGCUGCUGGAUCCUGAGCCUGAGCCAGGUUGGGGGAGAGCCUGUGGCAGCACUCGACACCUGGCUGCAAAAUAUGGACUGCCUGCUGCCUGGUCCACUUCUGCCUACUCCCUGCGGCCCAGUCGCUGGCCUCGGCGGGCCGUGAUGGAGAUGGUGGUGGCAAGGGAGCCCUCUGCCUCUCUGGGCCAGCUUGGUGCACCUGCCCAGAGAGGGCGGGCAGAUGCGCUGCGGGUGCUGUCCAAGCUUGGCUGAGCUGGCGCCUGCCCGGCCUAGUACCCGAUAAAAAUAAAGUUUCCAUUGAA